AGAAUGGUUCGAUGAAGAGAAAUCGAUCACGUUUUACUUUCGCCCUUAUUUAAACUCAAUCUAGAAUUAGUUUUCUUUUCAACUUUUUCUUACAGUGUCAUUGUGUGGCCCUUCAGAAACGCCACCAAUUGAAAACAAACCCCGUUUGACAGUUCCUGUUUGGCGCGAAAACUGACUCGUUCCGCCGUCAGGAUGCCCGAUGCAGGCUGCUUUUUAUUUUUUGCGGUGCAACGGGAUUUCCAGGGCUUCCGAUCCUGCUUACGAACUGUGACCAACGAUGAUUACUCCGGAAUUUUGAAUCGUUUUAUUUUGGGAGUCUAUCGCAUUGCUAGAUGACGACGAAUCUGUCGGAUCAGGAGCCGGAAUGCACAAAAUUGGCGACUACCAGCGAAUCGAAAAGAUCGGCGAAGGCACUUAUGGAGUUGUGUACAAGGCGAAGGAUGUCAACACCCAGAAGUAUGUGGCUCUCAAGCGGAUUCGACUGGACAGUGAAACGGAAGGUGUACCAUCGACGGCCAUUCGGGAGAUUUCGCUGCUCAAGGAUCUGCAGCACCACUCGAUCGUGGAACUGUUCGACGUGGCCGUCAUGGAUUCCAGCAUCUACAUGAUCUUCGAGUAUUUGGACAUGGAUUUGAAAAAGCUUCUGGACCGGUACAAAUCGUCCUUCACGCCGAAGCUGGUCAAAAGCUACAUGCAUCAGAUGCUGGAUGCAAUCGCGUUUUGUCACAUGCAUCGGAUCCUGCACCGGGAUUUGAAACCGCAAAAUCUUCUGGUGGACCGAGAGGGUCACCUAAAGCUGGCCGAUUUCGGUUUGGCUCGCUCGUUUAAUGUUCCGAUGCGCACCUACACGCACGAGGUGGUCACCCUGUGGUACCGGGCGCCGGAGAUCCUCCUCGGGACGAAGUUUUACGCGACCGGAGUGGACAUUUGGAGCCUAGGGUGCAUUUUCGCUGAGAUGAUUCUCCGGCGGCCACUUUUCCCCGGAGAUAGUGAGAUCGAUCAGUUGUAUCGGAUAUUCCGAACACGAGGGACACCGGACGAAAAAAGUUGGCCUGGGGUAUGUCAGCUACCGGAAUACAAGCAAAGCUUCCCCCGUUGGGCGGGUCAAGCGGUUCCGGAGGAGAUAGAGCUCUAUCGGGCACAAGAUCUCUUCGAGCUCCUGAUGGUGUACGAUCCGACCAAACGGAUUUCCGCCCGGAACGCCAUGCUGGAGCCGUACUUUGACGAUGUGGAACUGGUGCCACCCGGGAUUGACACGCUGAACGGGAAAGUCGGAAGUUGAGGGUAAGUAGAAAAAGUAUUGAACAGAUUUCGUAGGAAGGUGUGAUUUGUAUGACCAACUCUGUCUUAAUUAUAAUAUUAAAAGGCUUUGUCAGUAGUAGAAUUAAUUUAGGAAUUACAGACAUUCUAUUUUUGUA